AUGGAAGCUCUCGUGAUUAGCUUUGGAAUUUUCUCAUGUCUCUUAGUUAAUGCGCACACUGCCAACGAUCCAGAUAUCGUCAAAUUGGCUGAAAUAGCCGAAAAUUCUUUUAGCAAUACAUCCAUAAAUGUCUGUGAUGAAACAAAUACCAAUAAUUCGUUUAUUUAUUGUUAUGGAAGGUUAUUGGCAGCAGUAAAUGUACACAGUUUAUUCCAAGAUUCAAAAUAUUUUGUGGAUAUGCCAAUGAAAUUUGAUCCUGAAGUAGUACAAGCAGAAUUUGAUCAACGUUUCGGUAAAUACGACUUGCAUGCUAUUAAUCGUUCUGCACUGCAAGAAUUCGUUCAUGAAUAUUUCGAGCCAUCCGGAAACGAAUUGGAAAAUUGUGAAUUGUCGGAAUGGGUUGAGCACCCACCGAAGAUAAUGAAUAUUCAGGACCCAUUGUUGCGUGAUUGGGCACUAAAACUUAAUAAAAUUUGGAAAAUAUUAUGUCGAAAAAUGAAACGAAAUAAAAAUCCAGAACGAACUUCAUUAAUUCAUGUCCCCGAAGAAUUCAUUGUGCCAGGUGGACGAUUCCGUGAAUUCUAUUAUUGGGAUGCGUAUUGGAUUGUGAAAGGUUUAGCUGCUUGUGGACUUCGGAAAGCAAUCAAGAAAAUGAUUAUCAAUUUUGUGAGUGUUGUAGAUAGGUACGGAUUUGUUCCAAAUGGUGGUCGAAUUUAUUAUUUGGGACGAUCACAACCGCCAUUGCUUAUCCCUAUGGUUUAUGAAUAUUACGAGUUGACACAUGACACUGCAUUCAUAAGUAAAAUUUUGCCCACUCUCAUCAAAGAAUAUGAAUUUUGGCAAAAUAACAGGGUUAUCAAUGUAUCGCAUGAUAAAGGAAACACAUUUUCGCUUUUCCAAUAUCACACUAAAAGUAAUGUACCACGACCGGAAUCAUUCCGUGCAGAUAUCAUACACGCUUUACGACUUCCACCAAAUAAAAGACCAAAAUUUUACAUGGACACAGCAUCAGCUGCAGAAUCGGGAUGGGAUUUCAGUUCUCGUUGGUUUAAAGACAACCGUAACAUUGAAACAAUCGAAACGACCGAUAUUAUUCCAAUUGAUUUAAAUGCUUUUAUGUGUUGGAAUUUGGAUAUUUUACAGUAUUUGCUCAGACAUUUAGGAAAUUUUUCGAAAUCGAAAAUAUUUCGUGAUAAACGAGAAACUCUCCGUCAAGCGAUGCUUCAGCUAUUUUAUAAUAGCACAGAAGGUGCCUGGUUCGAUUACAAUUUGCGAACUAAAUCUCACAAUGUCAAUUUCUAUCCAUCAAUUGUGGUACCGUUGUUCGGUGAAUGUUAUCAACCAUUGAAUUUGGCCAAGCCACAAGAAAUUGUUAACUACUUGGAUAAAAUGGGAGUGUUCGACUAUCCAGGUGGUGUACCCACAAGUCUCAUUAAAGAUACCAAUCAGCAAUGGGAUUUUCCAAAUGGUUGGGGUCCAACAAAUCAUAUGAUUAUUGAAGGAAUGAGAAAAUCGAGUAAUCCUGUGGUGCAAGAACGGGCAUAUAGUUUGGCAAAGAAAUGGGUUUUGGGCAAUUACAAAGUAUUCCAGGAAACAGGUCGAAUGUGGGAAAAGUAUGACGUUGAUGGAAGCAUACCACAGCCAGGUAGCGGUGGCGAAUAUCUUGUUCAGGAUGGCUUUGGCUGGUCGAAUGGUGUUAUUUUAGAUCUAUUAACAACGUACUAUGACAGAAUGCGCAUUGAACAAGUGAAAGGCAGUGAAGGGACUUAA